GACGGAACAAAGCACGGCCUGCGGGCGGUGGCUGAGAUCUCUCCGGAGACCGGGCCACGGAGAGCUGGUUCUCUGGGCAACAGCCCGCUGAAAACGUAAGAGGGGUCCAGGCGGCAUCGUGGUCCACGCCUGCCUGGCUAUGAACGGGCUGCCCGCGACUGAGGCGCCGGGCGGCGCGGGCUGCGCUCUGGCCGGGCUCCCGCCGCUACCGCGCGGCCUCAGCGGCCUUCUUAACGCUAGUGGGGGCUCGUGGAGGGAGCUGGAGCGUGUCUACAGCCAACGGAGCCGCAUCCACGACGAACUGAGUCGUGCCGCCCGCGCCCCGGAUGGUCCUCGCCAUGCCGCUGGAUCUGCUAACUCAGGUUCUGCAGCGGGCCCGCGCCGCCCGGUUAACCUCGACUCUGCACUAGCCGCGCUGCGCAAGGAGAUGGUGGGGCUGCGACAGCUGGAUAUGUCCCUGUUGUGCCAGCUGUGGGGCCUGUACGAGUCGAUCCAGGACUACAAGCAUCUGUGCCAAGACCUGAGCUUGUGCCAGGACCUGUCAUCCUCUCUGCACUCGGACAGCUCCUACCCACCUGAUGCCGGCCUGUCUGAUGACGAGGAGCCUCCUGAUGCCAGCCUGCCCCCAGACCCUCCACCCCUCACCGUACCCCAGACUCACAAUGCCCGUGACCAGUGGUUGCAGGAUGCUUUCCAAAUCAGCCUUUGAAAGCUGAGGUGGAUAGGAACGCACCCAUACAAAAGGCUCAAAACUUGCCCUUCAGCAAGUCCUUAGUCUACAGUGCCUGCUCUUUUACCGGUACCACCUCACCUCACUUCAGGAGGGCAAGGCAUUAUACCCAUCAGGCAAAGCGGUCAAGAUUGCAGCCUGUGCCCAGUGUCCUGGGCUUCCACUUCUCCCACAUGUGUGCACCCUAGCUUGGCCAGCCCUUAGUCUGACUGUGGGGCCCAAAGCGUCUUGCACUCCCGUUUGCAUCUCUGGGACUGGGAUGAGUGCCUAGCUCUCAUCUCUUUUUCGUCUUUUGCUGCCUCUUGCAGCUGCUGGCUCAGCGGCAUCCCUACCAGUGGCCCCAGGGGUUCAUUGCCUGGGACAAGGGCUCCAGAACCCACCUCUGUAGCCACCCACGACCAGAAAGGCUAAGGUCUUUAUGCUGGAUAUUUAAGUUUAGCGGCCAGUUCCUGGGCGGGAAAAUAAAUAAUUUCAGCAUUGUA